AUGGACCGAAGGGCCCAUUACAAGCGCACCUCGUCCGCAGCUGGCGGUCGCAACGGCUCGGCAGAUGGCGCACACGGCGCGCAAGGGGCGCGGGGGCUGCGGAUGGCGCACGGGGCGCACGAGACUCAAUGGGUAGACACGGAGGCGGGAGUGGAAGGGGUUCAUCUCUACGAAGCAGAUCGGUCGGGGGGAGUUGAAAGGGAUGGGGAUGACGCUAGCAAGGCCGCCCGGGGAGCAGCGGAGACAACAGCAGAGGCGCAAGCGCCCGCGCAAGAGACGGCGCAAGAGACGGCGCGGUUCUUCCUUUACCGGCUGAUCGGCAACAACAUGGCGCCGCUGCAGUGCGCGGGGCAGCUGCUCCGCAACACGCUGUACGCGCUACAGCACGAGGCGCGCGCGCUGCGCGAGUGCCGGCGGCUGUGGGUACUGAACCACGUGGUGAACGGCACGGAGCGCGCUCUGCUGCUGGACGCGCUGCUCGCGCACGGCGUGGCGCCACAGGUGCGCGCAUGUGGGCCGCAGGGGGGCGCACAGUGGGGCGCACAGAGGGGCGCACAGAGGGGCGCACAGGGGGGCGCACAGGUGCGCGCAUGGGGAGCGCACAGGAGGGCGCACAGGGGGGCGCACAGUGGGGCGCACAGUGGGGCGCACAGGGGGGCGCACAGGGGGGCGCACAGGGGGGCGCACAGGGGGGCGCACAGGGGGGCGCACAGGGGGGCGCACAGGGGGGCGCACAGGGGGGCGCACAGGGGGGGGGCACAGUGGGGCGCACAGGGGGCCGCACAGGGGGGGGCAGGGGAAAACAGUGACAUUCUUGUCCGUCGGAUCAACUACUCGCACAUCGCCACCCUUCCUGAGACCUCCUGGACCGAGGCUGUCACAGGUGAGGCGUUGACCGAGGCUGUCACAGGCGAGGCGUUGACCGAGGCUGUCACAGGCGAGGCGUUGACCGAGGCUGUCACAGGCGAGGCGUUGACCGAGGCUGUCACAGGCGAGGCGUUGACCGAGGCUGUCACAGGCGAGGCGUUCACCGAGGCUGUCACAGCGCAGAACGAGGCGCGCAACUUCAUAUUGGACCAUGGCAGGGCAGCAGGGGCGCGGUGGGUGCUGGCGUUCGAUGGCAACCAGUUCAUCACCACACACGCCUGGGACCUCAUUCGCCGUGCGACUCUCAGGCAUGAGAGGGCCGGGCUGAAGCUCUUCAAGGUGCCCAUGUACCGCGUGCACGAGGAGCAGUCGCCGCGCUGGCUGGCGGCGCGCACGCGCUUCCACGGGCUGCAGCGCUUCGCCCCGCAGAUGUGGGAGAGCCAAGUCGCCUUCCGCAACGACUCGCCGCACCGCUACACCCAGGGCAUGGCGUACGGGCGAGACAACAAGCUGGAGCUGAUCGACCGCGUGUGCGGCACGGGGCGCUUCGAGGAGGAGCAUGCGCUGCGCCGCCGCCAGCAGAUGGAGCAGCGGCGGCGGCAGAAGCAGGAGCAGAAGAGGCGGAGGGAGGAGCUGAAGAGGCGGAGAGAGGAGCGCAAGGAGGAGAAGGAAGGGCGGCAGCAAGAACAGGAGCGAGGUCGGCGCUUGCUGAAUGUGGAGUGCCGUGCAGACAGCAGCUUCAGUAACUCGAGCACACAGGACUGUGUGGCAGGGGAGGGUGCGGCAGGGGAGGGAGCUGAGCUGCCCGUGCAGGGCAAGGGUUUGCAGCAGCAGCAGCAGCAGCAGCAGCAAACGAGAGGUGUGGGGGACGGGGCAGUGCAGCAGCGGCGGUGGCUGCAGGAGGCGUUGCAGGUGGACACUGGGCAGUGCGGGUGCCACAGGGAGGUGGGGCGGGACCACCGCAUUAAAGAAGCAGACCCCGCCGUGGCGCAUGCGUGUGGGUACACGGUGCGCCUCUGGUACUUCCCCUGCCCUGGUGUGGACGGCAAGCGUAUCUUCGUGGAUAAGAAGUACCGCGCAGCGCUGCGGGAGGAGGGCCACCGCCGCCUGGCACAGCAGAUCAAAGAGGCUGUGCGGCGGGCGGUGGGCAGUGGAGGAGAGGCGUCCGUGCAGGACGGCUAG